AUGCGCAAGGACGUCCGCAUCGUCCUUGCGGGCGACCCAGAUGUCGGCAAGUCAACGCUCAUCACCUCGCUCGUAAAAGAGGCGUACGUUGCCAAGGUGCAAAAAGUGGUGCCACCCAUCACGCUUCCACCAGAAGUCGCACCAGAAGCCGUCGUCACGAAGAUUGUCGACACCAGCUCAAGUCCAGAGCAUCGCGCCAACCUCGAGGCCGAACUUCGCAGGGCUAAUGUCAUUUGCAUCGUCUAUUCGGUUUCAGCACCUUCCUCGUUUGAUCGUAUACCCACCUACUGGCUCCCCUACAUCCGUUCAUUAGGCAUCAACGUUCCCGUCAUCCUCGUCGGCAACAAGAUCGACUUGCGCUCUGGCGACGUCACCAACGCUGCCCUCGAAGAUGAGCUUGCGCCCGUCAUGGCCGAGUUCAAGGAAGUCGAGACGUGCGUAGAAUGCUCGGCUCGCAUCCCGCUCAACGUCAGCGAAGUCUUUUACUUUGCCCAAAAGGCCGUCCUCUACCCGACAGCACCGCUCUACGACAGCCGCGAGCAUGUGCUGAAACCCGCCUGCGUCGACGCGCUCAAGCGCAUUUUCCGGCUCUGCGAUUCGGACAAGGACGGCUUACUCAGCGAUGGCGAGCUCAACGAGUUCCAAAGCAAAUGCUUCGACACGCCGCUUCAAGCACAGGAGCUGGAAGGCAUCAAGGAUCUUGUCAUCCAGGCACCGGUUGCCGGUUUGCGGUAUAACCACGAAAAUGGCAGCGUGGCUGCUUCGGGGUCCAGCGCCAACGGCGAUGUUCCUGCACACCAUCCACAUCUGCGAGAAGGCAACCUCACCAUGGCCGGCUUCCUCUACCUCCAUACGCUCUUCAUCCAACGAGGCCGCCUCGAGACCACGUGGACCGUAUUGCGUACGUUCGGGUACGGCGCCGACCUCAGCCUCGAAGACUCGUUCGUCAAGCCCUCUUUCGCUGUGCCACCGGAAUGCUCGGUGGAGCUCUCACCAAACGGAUAUCAGUUCCUGACCGACAUCUUUGAGGUGCACGACAAGGAUCGAGAUGGCGCCCUCAGCGAGGAGGAACUCGACAGCCUUUUCAUCACCGCACCGGACAACCGCCAUCCUUGGCAAGGCACAAGCUUCCCCGCUUCCACGAUCACCGAUGAGCAUGGCGCUGUCACGCUGCAAGGCUGGCUCGCGCAAUGGAGCAUGACUACGUUGCUCGACCACCGCACCACGCUCGAGUUCCUGGCGUACCUCGGCUAUCCAUCGUUCCCCUUGGCGGGCUCCUCCAGCAGCUCGUCAACCCCCGCGCCGACACCGCUUACGCCGAGUGGUCCACCGGGUUCCAGACCCUCUCGCAACCGCACGCCGUGUCCGCCAUCCACGACAUCAGCACUGAAGCUCACACGUCCAAGGAAGACGGAUAAGAAGAAAAAAGGUGCAAUCCAGAGAAGUGUCUUCCUCGGGUUCGUGCUCGGUGCCGCGGGUAGUGGCAAGACAGCGAUUCUUCGCAACAUGGUGGGCAAGCGCUUUGCCAGUGCCUACGAGCCCACGCAGAAGAUGAUGAGCGUCGUCAGUACCGUCGAGCAAGCGGGAGCGGAGCGUUAUCUUGUACUGCAAGAGUUUGGGUCGCGCUACGAGGCCGAGGUACUGCGCAAUACGGCCAAGCUUUCGGCAGCCGAUGUGAUUGUAUUUGUCUACGACUCGAGCGACACCAACUCUUUCAGCUACAUAUCCAACUUGCGGCAGCAGUAUCCGCUCUUGCAGUCGAUGCCAUCGCUGUUUGUUGCUACCAAGGCGGACCUGGAUCUGGCACAGCAGCGCCACGAGGUUCAACCAGACUCGUACUGCCGCAAGCUGGGGCUUAAGAUUCCAGGACUGGGAGCAGGCCCCCUUAACAUCAGCAUCCGAGAUGGGCAGUCGGCAGAUCUGUACGGUCUCAUCUGCACCAUCGCCGUCGAUCCCAAGGGUGCUGUACAGGGUGGCAACGAUCGCAACGCGCUCAGCUUUGGCACCAGCCGUUGGCAAUUUUGGGCUUACAUUGGACUGGUGGUCAUCGGCGGCGGAGGAGCUGUCUGGAUCUGCGCCCGAGUCCUCAAGGUGCCUAUCGGAAGCACGCUCGGAUUUGGGAGCAGCACAAGCUGGUGGUCUUCGAAAAUACAAGCUGGUGCAGGUGGCGCCGAUGCUACUAAGAUCUCGGGGUGGUUUGAUUGGAUCCGCUGGCAAGGCACUUCCACCAUCCGCACUGAGCUUUGA